CCUGAUCGGUAAUUUAUAUCAGGAUGGCUCACUGCCUAUUGCUCAUUAUCGUACGUCCUCAAAUUUGGCAGGCUGAGCAAAUCGGUAAAUUGUAGUAAUAUCCAAGUGUCCACAAGAGGAAACAGCGUCCUUCAUCGUUGUGGGUAGAAGCUGUCCAGAAAUCAUAUGCCAAGCUGGUGUUGUACGUUCUGCAAUAAGCUACUCAUGGAAGAAGCUCAGAACGGGACAGCUCAAAUGUCAACAACGAGCGGAGAUCCGACGAUUUCUCACGACCAGCGUAUCAGUACCAGCUCGGAGCAAUCUCAAGCAGAGAGAGCACAGGGAGAGCACAAUGAGUCUGCUUCCUCUAGAGCUUUUCACUCUGCAGUGGUCAUGGCAGGUGCAAUCUUGUACAUUGCCGACCUCAUCAGCGACAUUCUUGUUUUGCAAGUUUACUGGCAGGAACUCUACAUUGAGGGUACUUUUGAAGGAUCAGGGCCGGGACUCGGCCGUGAAAUCACUGCCUUCGCCACGGCUCUUAGUUUUCUCAUAGCAUCGCAAAUCUUUGCCAUUGUCCUGUUCAAGAUGAGCUUGCCUCCUGAAGACUACCCAGUCCGAUCAGCCUGCAUUCUUCCCCUGAUUCAGCUGUACAGAUUGAUGAGGGAAAUUUUGGGAUGGACAAAGGAGAUUAUGGGUGGGCAGAGAAGGGUUCCUCGGCGAUGGGAGUCGUCAGAGACAGAGUCCCUGUUUUCCAUCGCGUCAGCCGUGGAGGCCAGCCUUCAGCUGCCGAUUCAAGUGUCGUACAUCGUCCUCAUUGGGUUUACCGAUGCACAUUGGCAACCAUCGCCGGUGUUGGUACUCUCGGUGGUUGCAUCUCUACUGUCAGCCUCUUUCAACGCAGGAAUGGCCAUAAUGUACCAAUCCAGUCUACGUUGGGGCUUCCUGCUAAACGCCGCUGGGAUUGCUGGAGGCCUUUACACAUUGGCGACCGUAAUGUUGAGAUCUCUGUCCAUGGCUUCCAUAUCUGUGGCGUCAGAAGUCUCGGGAAUUCACCAUGGGAAGCUCUUAGGUGUAGACAUAGCCAUAACAUUUACGGUAUUUUAUUGCUUUGGAUUAAUUUCAAUGGAGGCAACAACGAGUUUCUUCACGUUCGGGACUCAGCUGCGAGCCGGGAUGACAGUCAUGUUUUUCUAUCUGGGGCCAGUGUACCCGAUGCUCCACAGAUUCUAUCAGAAGACUCUAAGUGCAAGGCUGAACACUCUGAGCCGUCUUACAUCGGUUGCACUUAUUAACCUUCUCCUCGACGUGCUCACCUUCAGCAUUCUGGCAGAAUUGAAGUGGGGCCUCUGUAACUACACAAGAAGGAGACUUCGUUUUCCAGAGCUUCCAUAUCUAAGCUCGACCCUGAAAUGCCCUCAAUUUCUCGCGCUCACCACUAUCGGAGCGGUUUUGAGCGCAGUCACCAUCCUCGCUCUGUGCUUCAUUUUGUUUCUGUCCUCGGUGAAGGACUUCCACAUGAUUGCACUACGGGACUCAUCAUCGGAUUUCCUGGAUAUCAUCACGGCAGAGCUCGAUGUAGCCAUCGUCGCUGAUGAAGGCAACCCGGCCAAAUCUGCAUUUUCUCUGAUGACUACCGAGAAUUUCACACAGAACGCGAGCAAAUCAUCGUCGCAACUCGCUAGUUCUAAUUCCGAGCUUGAUGUCAGUCAGGGCCUAGUGUUACGUAACUGCAUGCCCGCUGCUGAAGGAUGCGACGGUAUUCAGAUUCGAAGGGACUAGACCAGGAGAUGGUAAAUUCAAAACUUGCAACGAAAUUAGACAAAUGCUAAAAGAAAUGUGAAUGGACAUAAAGAUAUUAAAUUCGGAGAAAAGAAUUAUAUUUUUCUGCUCAGCCCAGGGCAAGGGGUAGUCAUCUAAGAGAUGAACUCGAAGAUGAAUACUUGUGUUGCUACCACAAUACAAGUGCAUGCGCUACUUUUAGGUUAUAAUCUGUAGAUCUUAGAGAUUCGGACCUGAGGCCGCCUCGCCUGAGUCCACCAAAGAAUCAGAAAAUAGACGCUCAAUAGAGAGGGAGAUGCCCCUGCACUAAGGUUUACCUGAUAUGAAGACGUAAAGAUUCGAACAGAAAAUCGCUGCACCAACUAUAUGAAGGCUUUGACGAUGAAUUUCAAGCGUCAAAGUCCAGGUCUAGAUCUGUACCAGUAUCACGAGUUAAAUCUUGUGUUCUGGACACUGGCAAAUCGAUGGCAAUAGUGCUUCCGGGAUCAGGCGGGCCCAGGUCUGAAAUUGUGCUAUGGAUAAUUUGAUAAUGAAAGCAGAUGAUACAUAGAACCAAGUGAACUUUCCGAAUGUUCGGCACCACCAACGCAUGCGCAAAAUGUC